AGCGAGUGGGCGGGGCCGCGUGGCGUCAGCGCAAGAUGGCGGCCUCGGCGGCGCUGGCCUUGCGCUUGCGGAGCGAGCUGCGGCGCGGCGCGCGGGGGCUGUGCGCGAGGCUGGCGACGCCGCCGCCCCGGACCCCGGACCAGGCCACGGAAAUUGGGAGCCGCUCAGGCACCAAGGCCCAGGCUCAGGGGUCACAGCAGCAGCAGCGGGGCACAGAGGGUCCCAGCUACGCCAAAAAAGUUGCACUCUGGCUGGCUGGGCUGCUCGGGGCCGGUGGGACUGUGAGCGUCGUCUAUAUCUUUGGAAACAACUCUGUGGAUGAAACUGGUGCCAAGAUUCCUGAUGAAUUCGACAAUGAUCCAAUUCUGGUACAGCAGUUGCGCCGCACAUACAAAUAUUUCAAAGACUACAGACAGAUGAUCAUCGAGCCCACCAGUCCCUGCCUCCUCCCAGACCCUCUAAAGGAGCCAUACUACCAGCCGCCCUACACGCUGGUCUUGGAGCUCACAGGCGUCCUCUUGCACCCUGAGUGGUCGCUGGCCACCGGCUGGAGGUUUAAGAAGCGUCCAGGCAUCGAAACUUUAUUCCAGCAGCUUGCCCCUUUGUAUGAAAUCGUCAUCUUUACAUCAGAGACUGGCAUGACUGCAUUCCCACUGAUCGACAGUGUGGACCCUCAUGGCUUCAUCUCCUACCGCCUGUUCCGGGAUGCCACAAGAUACAUGGAUGGGCACCAUGUUAAGGAUAUUUCAUGUCUGAAUCGGGACCCUGCCCGCGUAGUAGUUGUGGACUGCAAGAAGGAAGCUUUUCGCCUUCAGCCCUACAAUGGCGUCGCCCUGCGGCCCUGGGACGGCAACUCUGAUGACCGAGUCUUGUUGGACCUGUCUGCCUUCCUUAAGACCAUUGCGCUGAACCGAGUGGAAGAUGUCAGGACCGUGUUAGAACAUUACGCCCUGGAGGAUGACCCACUGGAGGCUUUCAAACAGCGGCAGAGCCGGCUAGAGCAGGAAGAACAGCAGCGCCUGGCUGAGCUCUCCAAAUCCAGCAAGCAGAACCUCUUCUUUGGCUCUCUUACCAACCGCUUAUGGCCUCGCUCCAAACAGCCCUGACUUCUGAGCCUCAUCAGACUCACUGCCUGGGUCCUGGGCCCGAGGCCCCAGUGCUCCCAGAUAAUGGCUUGGGCAGCCACAUCCAAUAAAGUCCAUCCCAGAUGCCACA